AUGGACAAUGUCAGUGAAAGUUUAUCUCUAACAGAAAGUGCUGUUGUAAGUGCUUUCGCGUUGCUUUUUAUGUUCCUUAGUCUCCUUGGUAACACGUUAACAUGUCUUAUUGUGUAUCGGAAGAAACCAAUGAGAUCGGCCAUCAAUCUUCUAUUGACUAAUAUAGCAAUGUCGGACGUUAUCUUGACAACAACGGUGACUCCUUUUCUAGUGUACAGCCUGCUCAAAACAGAAGUUUCUAUCUUAGGAGCAUGUGUUACAUUGUCAAUGCUCAAAGACACUUGUAUCUGCGUUGCCAGCUACACACUGCUUGUUAUUAGCGUGGACAGAUAUCUUAUCAUAGUGCACAGACGUGACAGACUGUGCUCUAAAGUUGCUAGAAUGGUUAUAUUCAGCAUUUGGAUAGGGUCGGUAUGCAUGAACAGUCUACAGUUUUUAAGUUUCAUAGGAGAAGACUACGAGACUUUUGACAACAUAUUUUGUAACAGCAAUCGUUCUCUUAAAGUGUCAAACUAUAGAAUAUUUUAUACAAACAUAUUGUUGUUGAUAAUAUUCUAUAUCCCAGUGGUUGUGAUGUUUUAUCUGUAUGCCUCAAUCUUGAGAACAGUUCAAUUGACUUCUAAACGAAUACACAAUCAUUCCGGAAGCUCUGUGAGCAUUUCUGUGACGCAGUACAGCAGUAAGCUUGGUUUGCCUACGGUAGCAGUACCGUAUAGAUUUACCGGAGAUUUUAACGCUAAACGAAAAGCAUUCGGAACCAUUCUGAUAUUGUUCGUAACGUUGUUCUGUUGCUGGUUACCUUACACAACAAGUCGAGCAAUCUCGGGCUUCUAUACACACAGACUCACAGACAUCGUACUGCUUACUUUAGGUUUUCUUAAAAGUGCACUUUAUCCGGUAAUAUUCUGUGCAAGGAACAAAAAGUUCAGAGUUGCGUGCAGACGUUUUUUGCCAAAUCAGAUUAGAAUACCAAAGUCUUGUCUACAUCGAAAGCAAAGACGGGUUAAUCCUAGAAUUUUGUACAAAUGUUCCGAAUAUGAAACAAGAUUCUGA